GAAAAAAGCCAGUCUCUUGCUGCACCAUCACGUUCUUCAGCCUCGGGUCUCAAGCCCUGUAGCGGAGAAGGCGAGGUCUAACGUUACACCACCGCCCAAGGAGGCGGGUUCGCUGCAGCCACUCCGAGCCCAAAGCGAGACCACCUUACUGCGCACGCGCAGUAGACAGCCGAUGGAGCCACCGAUGGAGCCGUCCGGAGGGGAGCAAGAGCCCGGAGCCGUCAGGCUCCUGGACCUGCCCUGGGAAGACGUUCUGCUCCCACACGUCCUGAGCCGGGUGCCGCUGCGCCAGCUGCUCCGGCUGCAGCGCGUCAGUCGGGCCUUCCGAGCGCUAGUGCAGCUGCACCUGGCCGGGUUGCGCCGCUUCGACGCCGCUCAGGUGGGCCCGCAGAUCCCGCGGACCGCAUUGGCCUGGCUGCUGCGGGACGCCGAGGGGCUGCAGGAGCUGGCGCUGGCGCCGUGUCACGAAUGGCUGUCGGACGAGGAUCUGGUGCCGGUGCUGGCGCGUAAUCCCCAGCUGCGGAGCGUGGCGCUGGCGGGCUGCGGGCAACUGAGCCGCCGCGCGCUGGGAGCGCUGGCCGAGGGCUGCCCCCGCCUGCAGCGCCUUUCACUUGCGCACUGUGACUGGGUAGAUGGGCUGGCGCUGCGCGGCCUCGCUGACCGCUGUCCGGCCCUUGAGGAGCUGGACCUCACCGCCUGCCGACAGCUCAAGGAUGAAGCCAUCGUGUACCUGGCGCAGAGGCGCGGCGCAGGCCUUCGCAGCCUCUCGCUGGCGGUCAACGCCAAUGUGGGGGACGUCGCCGUCCAGGAGUUGGCUCGGAACUGCCCAGAACUCCAGCACCUCGACCUAACCGGCUGCCUCCGCGUCGGAAGCGACGGUGUCAGGACAUUGGCGGAGUACUGCCCGGCGCUGCGCUCGCUGCGGGUGCGGCACUGCCACCACGUGGCCGAGCCCAGCCUAAGCCGCUUGCGGAAGCGCGGCGUGGACAUCGACGUGGAGCCUCCGCUGCAUCAGGCCCUGGUGCUGCUGCAGGACAUGGCGGGCUUUGCACCCUUUGUCAACCUGCAGGUCUGACCCGCCUGCCAAUGGGCACAGCUGGACUGUGUGGCGGGGCCUCACUGUGAACUGUAGGGAAACCGAACUGUGGGGGCCUCGGAUGAGAGGCCAGUGCCCUGCCCGACCCUGGAGCUUCAAAUAAAGAGCUUUU